GUAGCGGAGCCCAGACGCUGAAGAGCACUUUUGUUGGGUUAUCCCCCAGGGAGCCUUUCCGAAAUAGUGCGCGGAACGAGGAGGGCGGCGCAGUCUUCAUCACCGUGAGCGCGCAGGCAGGAUAAGCGCCCCCCUGUGAUAUGUGCAGUUGAGUACAGCGCGUUACUCCCCGGUGCACCGCUUAGCAACGCUUAGCAUUGCAUAACAGCACUCAACACCUUUCAACACCGCUAACCCCGCCAGCACGAUGAGCGAAGCGCCCAUGUGCCUGUUCAUCGCGUGCUCCACGAGAGACAACACGAGCCGGGAGUACAUCUACACGAUCCUGAAGAACCGGCUGCUGGGGAGCCACGUGUGCAUCGACACGAACAUCCUGGACGUGCCGACCAACCUGAAGUUCUGCUCCUUCGACGAUCUGCUCAAGUGCGCAGACGAUUUGCAAAAGUACGACAGUUACGCAUAUGGCUGUUUAAAAAAAAUAGAGAAAUUGGCAAAAGAGUAUGACGAAAAUAUAGAGCUAAAAAUUAUAUACCAGCGGCAGCACAUUAACAUAGAUCAGUACAUAAGGCGUUUCAGUUGGGACGAUGCCAAGUACCCCCGGAACAGGUCCCUCACAGAUACCAUCGACGUGAUGGUUAACAAUAUUACCAAGCUGUCAGACGAAAUUCACAUAAAGUCCAGCAUGCUGAGCGAUUUAAAAGAAAGGAAAAAGAAGGACGUUCCAAAAACAGACUCAAAUAAUUUCUUCCUAAAAAAUUUAAAUGAAAUUUUAACCCCACAAACGGUUAACCAGGCAGAUUUUAUGGAAACAGAGUACCUCACCACGUUGAUUGCCUACAUCCCAAAAAACUCCGUGGACGAUUGGCUAGCUAGCUACGAAAAAUUUUCUGAAUAUGUAGUACCCAGAUCGGCGGAGCAAUUUAAAGGGUUGGUAGAUAAGGAUGGAAAUACGCUCUGGAAGGUCUACGUAUUUAGAAAGUUUGCAGAUAGUUUUAAAGAAGCAGCAAAGGGGAAGAAGUUCGUAGUGAAGUCUUUUAAAUAUGAUGAACAGAAGUACAACGAUGUGAUGGAGUCUAGGACUAAGGUAGAGGCAGAGAUCAUACGGCAAGAGACCUUCCUACGUAGGAUGUGUUUAGCGGCUUUUUCAGAUAUUUUUAUUGCCUUUAUUCAUAUUAACAUUUUGAGGGUCUUCUGCGAAUCGGUUCUUCGCUUUGGAGUCCCCCCCAACUUUGCCUCCUUCAGCAUACGCAUAAAUGGGGAAAGCAAGGAGAAGAAAGUGAGGAAGAAACUGUAUGACAUAUUUUCUACCACAGAUUCGAUUGGGAAGAAUUACCUUAAAAGGUCCGACGAAAACGACGAGGAGAUUUACCCCUAUGUGUCUGUGGCUUUUAAAAUAUGA